GAACUGGUCCAUGAGUCCUAUUUAGUUCCUGUGUCACUAAUGACUGAGGAGGCUUUGAAAGAGUCCAACCUCACACUCCCGUCUGUCCAGGGGCUUUUGUGUCUUUAAACAUGUCUCUGUGUUGUUGUGGGUCCACAGACUCUGUCAGACUGGUCCAUGGUUACAGUCUGUGUUCAGGCAGACUGGAGGUCCGGUCCAACCAGUCCUGGUCCUUAGUGUGUGAAGAGGAUUUGGAUCUUAACGAUACCCAGGUGGUCUGUUGGGAGCUGGGCUGUGAGGCUCCUUCGCUCCUCCAGGGGGCACUCUAUGGAGAGGGGGAGGCUCCAGUCUGGACCAGUGAGCUCCAGUGUGAAGGACAUGAGUCUGCUGUCGUAGACUGUAGAAGGUCCAGCUCAGCUGGGAAGACCUGCUUACCAGGAACAGCUGCUGGACUCACCUGUACAGAUCCAGGUGGUGUCAGGUUGGUGGGACAGCCGAGCCACUGUGCUGGUGCUUUGGAGAUCCAACAGCAGGGACAAUGGAGAUCAGUAGGAGACCUCUAUGGAGACUGGGACCUGAAGUCUGGAUCUGUGGUGUGUCAACAUCUGGACUGUGGAUCAGCUGUUUCAGUCAACAACACACGAGCUUCUUCAUCCAGACCUGUGUGGUUGGUGUCUGUUCCUUGUCUAAAGCUGAAAUCUGGGCUGAAGGACUGUGUUGGACUAGAUGGUUUCCAUAGUCUCUCUGGAAUGGCUGUGGUGUGUUCAGAUCUGCUGCCUCAGCCCAACAUCUCCCUGUCUGACGGGGUCUUUGAGGUCUACCAGCUGGGCUUCCGGGUGCUCAUGGGCUCCGACUUCACCAUCACAUGCUCCAUCCAACCACAGUACCCAGGAGGCUCCUUCCAGCUGAUCUCCGACACCAAGGAGCCGCUGGACCUCACACUGCCAGCUGUCAAUCACUCCACCCACUUCCUGUUGUCUGCCAUGGGCUAUGCCCACCGAGGGAACUACACAUGUGUUUAUCAUGUGGACGUUUUCAACCACAGAUUUUUGUCAUCUCAGAGCCCCGCCCUCUAUCUCACUGUUGGAGAAUCUGUGACAAAUCUGAUCAUCAGGGUAGUGGUCAUCGUCCCGGCUCUGCUCAUAUUUGAUAUUUGCCUCUUCUUCUACAAUAAGGUAUGUUCACAUCUUUCCUCAGUGGAUCCAUUGGACUUCAGACUGAGUCACACACACAGGAGUCUGAACUGGACAUGUGUGCUGCCAUGUUUUUUCCAGGUCUCCGUGAGGCGGAUCCGAAUGAAGGCGGAGACAACCACAAUGAGAGUUCAGGAAGAAACAUCCCAUUUGUAGAGUCCCAGUUGUUCAGUGUGAGUCCAGCUGAUAUUUGGAUCAGAUCAACAGUUUCACAGCUGAAGCAAUAAACGCCUUCAUUCUGUUCUGAUGCUUCAUGAUCCAUCAGCGUCUCAGCUUCUAUUCACAGAGUUUAUACACAUGUAAAUACGGCUUCAUUCUUAUAAUAUUCUGAUUUGUUUUUGAAAAUACUUUUUACUUAGAAUAGUCCAGAGUUCUUCACUCUAUGUAUUGAUGCU